UCUGUGCUGAAGUCGUAGAUUCUGUGCUGAAGUCGUAGAUUCUGUGCUUAAGUCAUAGAUUCUGUGCUGAAGCCUCUUUCUUUGUGGAUAACCCUGUCUCUUGGUUUGAAACAAAGACUUAUCUCUGGUUUAGAGGAUACCUCGGAGCUGUAAGGACAGGAUGGUUCAUCAUUCUCUGGAGGAGAGAAGGUUUAGAGAGAAAAUCCCACGAUAGAGAAAUUGGAUUAUAAAUUGAGAUGAUGACUCCUCUCCUCCGCUAGUUUACCACCAAUUCUCUACGUCUGAAGUUAUAAAGAUAAAUAGCGUAAACAACUCGUUUAUUAGCAAUGAACGAUACAUACGACACGAACGUCUGGAGCGUGCUUGAACGAAUUCGGAACCAGGGUUUAGAGGAUUAUGAGUACGAGGAGUUUAACGAUACCGACGAUGAGCCAGAAGGCUGCUUCUCCGAAAUGAGUGAAUUUGAUCCAAUCUUUCAGCAGUUCAGGUUUUGGUUUGAGGGAGUACUUAGUACAUUAGUCGGAGUCCUGGGCUUCUCUGGAAAUUUGACUGCAGUUCUAAUCCUACUUCUGGUCAAAUCAAAAACAACAUUUGUCUACCUCAUUCUCUCUCUCUCAUUGGUUGAUGCUCUCUUUAUCGUUACAUCAGUAUUGGACGUGAGCAUGAUUGGAGUGUUCGAAUGGCCUAUCAGUUCAAAGAGCGGCCUUUAUAACAGUGUGUUUCCAAUCUACAUGAGGACUCUGAGCGGAAUCCUAGUCUCUGCUAGUAUCCAUCUUACUGUAGCAAUCUCCAUCGAGAGGUUUAUCGCAGUUUGCCGCCCUCUGUACUAUCUACAACAAGCCAGAACUAACAUAUAUCUACAUUGA